AGCAACUGUAGGAACUUGGCUUCUGUCUCUCAGUUUUCUGUGACCAGCUGUCGCACGCACUCGUAUUGCUGUUCCGUCGGAGCAAGACGUUUCACGAUGAAGAGAAAUUCCGCGAACCACUUUCGCCCUACCACCUAACUUUUACGGCAUAUUUUGCCUUCGUCGUGCCUCGGAGAAAAGUAAAAAGUUCUUAAUUUAAAAUCAAAUUAGCGCGUAGUGUGAUAUUUAUUUUGGUAAGCAGGCAUUUUGCCAAUAAAUUCGAUUUAGAUACAAAUCGGUUUUCUGUGUUGAAACAGUUUGUAAAUAUCAACAUUUUUUUAACAUUCCUAAAGCGAAGAUUUUAUUUAGUCGAAGAGCGCGCAAAAGUAAAAAUGAAGUGUUAAUUCAGUGACAAAUUUGUUUAUUGACUUAAGAACUUAUAUUAAAUGAAAUAUAUUGUGAUGAAUAUUAAAAAUAGAAAUGGAAGUGAACAAAACGGAAUGUGCAUCUGGCCUUCAAAGCAGUUCGUCUACUCCUCGAAGCCCAGUGAGGAUCGCAUCUGCACCACCAAAAAAGUCUGUGGCUUCCAGACUGUGGGACCUUCUGCAACCCCUCGCCAGGUUAUGGGGUCUGGUUACAGCUUUAUGAGUGGAGCAGGCGCUGAAUUGCUCGUCUUGGGAUACGAAGUGGCUCCCGGGUUGAUAGUGGGCGCAGCUUUAGUCUUGAUUCUGGAGACGAUGUGGGUAGCUGCAUUAUUCGUGGACCUCCUGUGUAGGCGAGGGGAGUACACUCUCUCUCUGCGGUGUUGGGACUUCACGCGGUGGUCUUGCGGACGUGCGCGGGCGCCGUUCUACGCGUGCGCAGCGACCGCCAUCUUGUUCGCUAAUCUCACGCUGCUUGCCACUGUUUCAGGUGGAAUGCUCCUAGUCUUAGCUGCGCUUCGCGCGGCUGUGCCAUUCUCGCCUUACGCGACCCACGGGCCACAUUCACCCCGAGCUGGCAGCUCUUUGCUGAGUCAGCACGACUCGCCAUUACCUGACGUGUUCUACAACGCUGCUCAUUCUGGAGAAGAAAGGUCAGAAGAAAUGACAGUAUUGGAGUUGCGGUCAGAGAGACCACGGUCUGUGACACCAAAGCCGCCUCUACUGGAACUAUGAAACUUUUUUAUUAAACUAGGGAGGAAUACCUAGUUAUAAAUGUUAGGUAGGGCUUGAAUUGCUCAAUAUAUGGUCAGGCAGAAUAUUUUUGAAACGAUAGCAUUUUGAUGAGAGUCAUUGAAAAGUCGUCCAUUUACAAAUGUGCAACGUCGAAUGAAGUUUUUUUUAGUUAAAUGUAUUGGAUAUAAAGUGGAUUGUAAAUCAUGUUAUGUUUUUGUAAGUCGAAAAUCAUCAAUGAUUCCGAAAAAUUAAUGGGCUUGUGGUUUGUGUAAAACAUAUUUCAAUGAGUAUUCAAACAUAGGAAACGUUUGAGUCUCAUUAGAAUCUAAAUUCGGUUAUAGAUUUGAAAUAAAAUUACAAAAUAAUAAAUAAGUUAUUUAUUAGUGUAGCUUAUAUAAUUUUAUACCUACAUAACAUCUGUGAUAGUCUAGAUCGUAGUCUCAUCUAAAUCAGGUAUUAAAGUUUCUAAUAAACGAAA